AUGCCCUCCUUCUUUGUACUUUUCGGUCUCCUCUCUGCUCUGGUCUUCUACGCAUCUGCACUGCCAUCAGGAACCCGCACAUAUGGAAUUCACUCAGAGAACGCUCCAUUUACGAAUGCGGAACGUCUUCAAAGGGGCCUUCCUUUGAAGCCACCGGUUCGCCGUACAACCCUCCCAGGGACACACCAUUCUCCCUCUGCUUCGGCUAGUCCUUCCCCUAGCCCAUCCCCAUCCUCGUCAGUUCGCGCUGGCUAUGUAGCAGUAUUUUCUGGCGAUGCGCGAAUUGGAUACUUGCAGUGUUCCGAGACCUGCAAGGUAAUCCCGAACGAUGAAUCCUACUAUGCAACCGCUGUCACCUUUACACUCAAUCCUAGAGGCCUUCCUUUCGACAUAAUGUAUGACGGUGCCUCCAGCCCAAAUAUAGGAGGACUUGUGGAUGCAUUCUCUGGUGAUCUGGGGACCCGUAGCACCGCUGAAGCUCGCCUGCAGUCGGUUCCUACCACUAAACCGGGCGACCUCCCUCCUUCGAGUGUCGCUGAGUUCUCGGAGUCUGCGAUCUGGACGUAUGCUCCUUUGAAUGGCCUUCUGGUACCUACGUGGAUCAAUUCUUUCAACGACGACGUGACUACUUUCAUCAUGGCUGAUGACAAGGGCAAUCUAUUCCUCUCGGGUGACGUCUCGGAAUUUCGGGUGAAGCACGGAACUCAGUCAUCUGGACCUUUGACGUUCCACUUCACAAACGCUUCUGCCGCCGCCCGUGCGCGGGCUUCCUACUAAAUUGAAGGACAAUCGUGAUAGUCAUUUCUUCAUAACUUGCAAGGACUUUCACCAGGACACUUGACACUAGAACAUACGAUAAUAU